GGUUCACUCGAUACCGUCUAUAUGCUUCGCUCUUUGGCAAAUUGUGCUCAUGGCGUCUCUGUAUGGUGUUUUAUCUGUAUGCUUCUUGGAGUCUACGUUAUAGUUGCUCGUACCGUUAUCAAAGGAUGCUAUGUCCCUACCGAUGCCGGACAAAUGUUGUUUGGAUAUGGUGCUGAAUGACGCCAGUGAGGUCUAUCGACUAUAUCCGUGCGCUAGUUUGGCUCGUGGCUCUCGGGCGUGUUAAGAGUACUGCAUGCAUGAUAUCGCUGACUUGAUAAUUCUAGUAUCGUCGGAUGACAAAUAACAGAGCCAUGGGAAUAUAUAUUGCUC